AAGCACUCGUAUAGUCGUGAACAUUCUGAAUAUCAAAGUACUAUCGUUUUCUUUUUCGAAACUAAAUAAAAAAAAAUAAAAUUUAAAUAUAUUAAAUAAACCUACGAACGCUGAUAACGACUAAUUUUUCCUUACAUCAAAUCCAACUACCUAUAAACGUUUUCGUAUAAUUUUGACAAUUUACUUUGAAUGAAAAUAUCGGAGCAUAAUUGUCUAAGAAAACACAUUAUAUUAAAUAAGAAGAAAAACGGAUUUCAUAACCGAAUUCAACGCCGCUGUUCUAAAAAUAUUUUACUCUGCGCGAAAUAGAAUAAUUACGAGAUCAAAAAAGAAAAAAAAAUAACCCAAACGAAUAGUAUAUCGGAUGCGUACUUGGUGUACCUCUGCCAAAAAUUUAGAAAUUUUUCAAAGCAUUUUGUUGAUAAAUAAAGAGAAAAAUAUUUAAAUCACAACACUCGAAGCUUUUAAAAGUGAAAGUAAACGAUCUAAUAUAUAAAUAGUAAUAAAACGAAAUAACUUAUUCUGAUUUACAUACCAACUAAAGCUAUCGUAACAACUUUCUCAACUUGUCUGUCCUUUCGUCUGAGAAGCAUCUAUUCAAAAUUCUUACAAAAUGGUAUCGAAUCAUCCCCUACUAUAUCUGCCGCCCAUUGCAAUACUCCUCACUGGUUACUUUUGGUUUAGACACCGAAAUAAAAAUAGUAGUGGGGACAUUGGCAAGGAUGAGAAGAAAAUUGAAUCCAAAAUAGAAGAGCCCCAGUGCAUUGUUAAAAACAAUGUACCAAAAAAAUCAGCAUCCAUGAAUAUAAACGGUACCAUUAACACCUCUGAAGACGAUGACAAUCCUGCAACUAAAAUGUUUGGUAAAUCGGCUCCCAUUAAAAUAAAGCAAAACAACAAUAGACCCUCUCCCAGUAAGCAAUUGCCAAUUGAUUCAGAAGUAUUGAGCACAAAGAUCCAAGUUGCGGAGAACCAAAUCCUACGUUCCAUUGACGAAGACUAUGAAAAUCUAUCGUCGCCAGUGGAUCUACCCGAUUCAGUUCACAGACGUGUACCAUUUUAUGUGAGAGGCAAUUCUAGAACUAAGGAGGAACCUGUUGUCAUAAAGGCUUCGGCAAGUCCAAAAAUUUCACCCGAAAACUCAUUCCUUGAAAGCAAAUACACUGUCACUUCCGAUUGUGAAGAAAACAAUAACAACCAAUCGCCCAAAAGUAUCAAGAGUAAUCAUAGCUGCCAAAGUGAAAAUAAAACUGAUUCAGGAAUUAAUGAACCCUUAGUUGAAGAGACAAAGCUCGACGAUGAUAAGACCGAAUUACAGAGUGAUAAGAAGCGGAAUGAAGAUGUGUCUAGCCCAUCGUUGAGCUUGAGCAGUCUGCAGUCGGGUGAUUCAGGAAAAGGUUCCAGUCUGCCACGUUCCGAGGCGAAUCGCAAAAAAACCACUUAUGAGUUCUUCUUUCCGUGCGGCCUGGUUGGCCAAUUGUACGGUCGCAAGCGUAAUUUCAUAAACCAAAUAAAGGCUAAAACCUCAGCGGAUAUUGUGUUGCAAAAACACCCGUUCUCAUCUAAGGUCAAAAUUUGUGUCAUUGAAGGGACAGAGAAGGAAAUUAAUGCUGCUUUGGUACUCAUUCGUAAUCGUUUGCCAUUGAAGCACUAUCCCAAUUUUACAAUGCAAAGAAUACACUUUGCCUUACCACAAACUAUUGUUCCUCUGGCUACAGAAACUAGGUUAAAUUUACAGUUGAGUCUUAUUGAAGGCAUUAAUAAUGAUGUUGUUGUGAGUGUAGUUAUAUCGGGAGGUCAUUUCUUUGUACAACAACCACUACAUCCCUCACAUCCAUCAUUGGCGGUCUUACAAAGGUGCCUAUAUGAUAGCUAUAAUUCAUGCGAGGCACCAAUGCUUCCUGGAAUUGAACUGAACGCAGUUUGUGUGAUUUGCGUCAACAGCGUAUGGUAUCGAGUACAAAUCGUUGAAAAUGACGCUGAAGAUGAUCAGCGUUGUAUUGUUAAGUUUUUGGACUUUGGAGGCUAUAUGAAUGUCCAUUUAAAUGAUCUUAGACAAAUUAGGGCAGAUUUUAUGGGAACACCAUUCCAAGCAACUGAAUGUAUACUGUCCAAUGUUCAACCAAUUGAUACGUGCUGGUCGCCAGAAGCAGCAGAUAUCUUAUGUAAGCUUACUAAAGGUAUAGUUUUGCAAGCACAAGUCGCUGGCUAUAAUAGUCAUAAUAUACCGGAAAUAUAUUUAUUCGCUUGCUUAGGACCUAAUAAUGUUAUAUUUAUCAAUAAGGAAUUAGUGGCUAGAAAUCUUGCAAAGUGGGUGGAAAUACACGACUGAUUUUAUUAAAACCUACAUCUUAUCACCAUUAACAAAACAAAACAAAAACAAAACCCUAAUGCACGAAAACAUUGUUGAAGCCAUACAUUUAGAAGAAGAAAAAAACAAAUUACAAAAUAUUUAUGUAUUCUUAAAGUUUUACCAAUAAGAUAAUGAAUGUACUCAUGCUCGGUUCAUGACUACCAAUUGUGAGGCAGCAAUGUUUUGCUUCUUCAAAGCAAAUUUUAAGCAUUUUGUAUAUAGUUAAGAACGUUUAAUGCUUGAAAUAGAAAACAAAACAAUACAAAAAAAAAAAAACAAAAAAAAACAACCAGUAAAUGAGUAUGAAAAGAAGACGAGAAUUAUAUUGAAAAAGGAGAAUUUAUUAAAAUUAAAAUGUACAUAAAAUUACGAUAAAAGGAAAGAAGAAACUUCACUGCGCGAUUUAGUUACGUAUUAUUUUAAAUAAAUUAAAUAAAAAACAACAAAAAAAAAACAGAAGAAAAGUAUAAAAAAAGAUAAUUAUAUAUAAAUUAUUAUAUUACUACUAUAAAAAGGCAUUUUGAUAUUUUACAUGCUGAACUGAAACAAAUAGAAUUAGUUUAGUAAGUUUACAUACUUCAUUAAUAAAUUACGAGUUCAAAUAUGUUUAAAUACGACAACCGACAAAAAAGCAAUGCUGUUGCCUUUCUUAUUUGUAAACAAAAUAAUCUAAGAAUAUUUUUAUUAAAAUAGUUAUUGUUUACAAUCGAACGACGAAGUGUUGAUGCGCGCUAUGGAACAAAGAAAAUUAUUCUGCGAAUAUUUAUGCACAAACAUGAUUACAGCAACAAAAUUGGAGUCACUAGAAAGUCAGUCAGUGAGAUAAAAUUGUCUGACUUUUUGAGUCGAAAAAAAAAGUAUAUAAUUGAUACAAAACAAAAAAAAAACAUAAGCAAAACACCGUGCGGCUACGUUUUAUAUAAUUUUUUUAUUUUUAUUUAUUUGUUUAGUUUUUGUUUAUUUUUUUUUCUCUAAAAACUCAAAUGUUAAAAUGUAGCUACUAAGUUAUUCGUAGUAUAGAAUUAUUUGGUUGUUCGUUUUGCCCAAUUAAUGUUAUAGUUGAUAUAUACAUCCAUAUACAUAUAUAUAUGAUCAUUAAAUUUUCUUAAUUAUUUUGUAACUAUCGAAUUCAUAGGAUAUUAAGACCUAACAUCAAAAUGCCUUUUCUUUGUUUUGUAAGUCAAUUUAUUCUUAAUAUGUUAUGAUAACGUCACUUAUAAUUUUACGUACAGUUUUCUUUAUCUUUUUUCUUUAUCUACACCUUUUUUUUUUGUUUGUGUAAGACAAUUUGAACUCUACACUAUUUAUUACAAAAUGAAACACGACAGACCCUACAACAAACAAAAACUACUCAAUUUGAUCUUUAAUUAUUUUUAUUAUUAUUAUUUUCGUUUAGUUAUUAUUUGCUUUUGAUAUAGAAAUAGUUAAAAUUAAAAUAAAAAAAAAAAUAUAAAAAAAAAUAUUUUACUAAAUAAAAAUUAA